AUAUGGGCAUUUUGAAUGGCUGGUUAUUCCUUUUGGCUUGACGAACGGCCCGGCCACGUUCCAAGCGGCUAUGACAACGGAGUUCUGAUACAUGCUGGACAAAUUUGUACUCAUCUACCUCGACGAUAUUUUGGUGCACAGUCGGAGUUUGGACGAGCAUGUGGAGCACCUGUGCACCGUUUUGGAGCGGCUUCGACAAGCCAAGUACAAAGCCAACCGCGACAAAUGUGAGUUCACUCGGCAGGAGCUCGAAUACUUGGGCCAUUAUGUGACGCCGCAAGGCAUCUGUCCGCUCGCGGACAAGAUUAAAACCAUCCGCGUAUGGCCUGAUCCCACCAACACCAUGGACGUUCACUCAUUCAUGGGGUUGGCAGGCUACUAUCAACGCUUCGUCACCGGGUACUCAAGGAUUGUCGCACCAUUGACGAGAUUACAAUCGCCAAAGGUGCCAUUCGUAUUCGACGACGAAGCACGCCGAUCAUUCCAAGCACUCAAGACGGCCAUGCUCAUGGCACCCGUUCUUAGCAUCUACGACCCCACCUUGCCAACGAGAGUGACAACCGACGCCUCCGACUAUGGUAUUGGGGCAGUUUUGGAACAACAAGACGAGGACGACUGGCAUCCCGCGGAGUACUUCAGCCACAAGGUGCCUCCCAUCAAUUCACUUGAUUAUGCAAGGAAGGAGCUACUCGCAUUUGUGAUGGCUCUCAAGCGAUGGCGGCACUUCCUCCUUGGGCAUCGUAGGUUCGCAUGGAUCACGGAUAACAACCCGUUGACCUACUACAAGACGCAAGAUACAGUGAGCAGCGCUAUCGGACGAUGGAUGUAUUUCAUCGACCAAUUUGACUUCACACCGAAACAUAUCUCUGGCCUCUCCAAUCUCGCAGCAGAUGCACUCUCGCGAAGACCCGAUCUUUGCGCUAUGACACAUCAUGCCUUCGCAUCCGACGAGGAACUCCAGCGACAUUUCAUUCGGGGCUACCAGUCCGAUCCGGAUUUCGCCACGCUAUAUGCGCAACUAUCUUCGGAGCACCCGUCGGCCAGCAAUUAUCGCAUCGUCGACGGGUACUUGCUUCUCCACUUGCUAGGCGAGGACUUACUUUGCAUCCCACGAGACCGUCGUCUUCGGACUCGCCUUCUCGGCGAGUACCACGACUCGCGACUCGCCAGCCAUUUCGGAGUCAAUUGGACUAUCGCACGACUUCGGCAAUGAUUCCAGUGGCCCGACGUCAUCACCGAUGUCACUCGGUAUUGCGACUCUUACGAAGU